GCGCGCAUCGCCAGCGCGGUGUUCGCCCUGAUCGUGUUCGCCUGCCUGGUCGGGGAGGGCUACACCAACUCGCCCCGCUCCUCGCAGCUCUACUGCGUCUUCAACCACAACGAGGACGCCUGCCGCUACGGCAUCGGCAUCGGCGUGCUCGCCUUCCUGGCUUGCAUUUUCUUCUUCAUGGUGGACGCCUACUUCCCGCAGAUCAGCAGCGCCGCCGACCGCAAGUACCUGGUGCUGGCCGACCUCGGCUUCUCGGGUACGGCCUGGGCCGGGCUCCCGGCAAUGGCGGUCCCGUGACG